GGCAUGGAAGUGAAAUCAUAAAUGGCAAAAAUGUCCCACAGAACUCCAUGCAGUAUAUGGCUUCUGUGCAGAUCAAUGGAAAACACGUAUGUGGAGGAUUUCUUGUCAGUGAAGACUUUGUGCUCACGGCUGCACAUUGUUACAAAAAUUCUUCUAUGGAGGUUGUAAUUGGAACCCACAAUCUGAAGAAGGUUAAUAACAAGAAAAUGAGAUACAGUGUAAAGACAUGCAAGCACCCACAAUAUGGCAAAGUUGUAUCUGGUAAUGACAUCAUGCUCCUCAAACUCUCGAGGAAACUUCAACUGGACAAGAAAGUGAAACCGAUACGACUGGCAAGGAAGGAGAUUAAAGCAAAAGACAAUGUAAAGUGUCAGGUGGCUGGAUGGGGUUUCACAGAAACCAAUGGCAAAGCUGUUGAUGUGCUGAGAUGGGUAGAUGUGCCUCUUAUUGACCUUAAGGUCUGUGAGAGGAAAUUGAAAGCCAAAGUUACUCUUCCAAAAGGUGUUAUCUGUGCAGGAGGAUCUGACACAAAGAAUGGAUUCUGCCAGGGUGAUUCGGGUGGUCCUCUGGUGUGCAAUGGAACAGCAGUCGGUGUUGUGUCUUUCAACAUGAAUGGAAAUUGUAAAUACCCAAAUUGGCCCAACGUCUAUACAGAUAUAUCAAAGCACCUUUCCUGGAUCAAAAACAUUCUGAAUAAAAAGAAAUGCUAA